CCACACCCAUCACUCCAUGUACAUCACCCCUAUUUGUGGACCACACCCAUCACUCAACGUACAUAACCCCUGUUUGUGGACCACACCCAUCACUACACGUACAUCACCCCUAUUUGUGGACCACACCCAUCACUACACGUACAUCACCCCUAUUUGUGGACCACACCCAUCACUCCAUGUACAUCACCCCUAUUUGUGGACCACACCCAUCACUCCACGUACAUAACCCCUGUUUGUGGACCACACCCAUCACUACACGUACAUCGCCCCUGUUUGUGGACCACACCCAUCACUCCAUGUACAUCACCCCUAUUUGUGGACCACACCCAUCACUACACGUAUGUACAUCACCCCUGUUUGUGGACCACACCCAUCACUCCAUGUACAUCACCCCUAUUUGUGGACCACACCCAUCACUCCAAGUACAUCACCCCUAUUUGUGGACCACACCCAUCACUCCAGGUACAUCACCCCUAUUUGUGGACCACACCCAUCACUACACGUACAUCACCCCUAUUUGUGGACCACACCCAUCACUACACGUACAUCACCCCUAUUUGUGGACCACACCCAUCACUACACGUACAUCACCCCUGUUUGUGGAACACACCCAUCACUCCAAGUACGUACAUCACCCCUGUUUGUGGACCACACCCAUCACUACACGUACAUCAUCCCUGUUUGUGGACCACACCCAUCACUACAUGUACAUAACCCCUGUUUGUGGACCACACCCAUCACUACACGUACGUACAUCACCCCUGUUUGUGGACCACACCCAUCACUCCAUGUACAUCACCCCUGUUUGUGGACCACACCCAUCACUACACGUACAUCACCCCUGUUUGUGGACCACACCCAUCACUACACGUACAUCACCCCUGUUUGUGGACCACACCCAUCACUACACGUACAUCACCCCUGUUUGUGGACCACACCCAUCACUACAUGUACGUACAUCACCCCUGUUUGUGGACCACACCCAUCACUCCAUGUACAUCACCCCUGUUUGUGGACCACACCCAUCACUCCAUGUACAUCACCCCUGUUUGUGGACCACACCCAUCACUCCAUGUACAUCACCCCUAUUUGUGGACCACACCCAUCACUACACGUACAUCACCCCUGUUUGUGGACCACACCGGUACCCAUCACUCCAUGUACGUACAUCACCCCUGUUUGUGGUCAACAUCCAUCACUCCGUUUAUGGACUAGAUGAUAAAUACUGGCUACUCGCUGCCUGAUUCAGUCUUCAAAUUCCUACCUUGAUGGUGUGACAAAAA